AUGGAGAAACUGGAUCGAAUUAUCGGUGGAAUGGAAAGGGACUUCAUUGAUUUAACUAGAGAACCCAGACCAAGGGCCAAGGACCGCAACGGACACUGUGUGAUCGAUCUCACCACCGGCGAGGAAGAAAGUAGACCCAUUGCCACCCUCGAUCUGACUUCGGACCCUGUUGCUCCCUCCCAGAAGGAGCCAGAUAGCCUUCAGACAUGCUCCAGCAAAGAGGUGACAGAAAGCCAGGUGGACAGAAGUUCUCGGCCUCCAACCCGGAGAGUGAUGAACAGCACCCCGCUGCGCUUGGACACGGAGGGAAGCAUCUAUGAAGGAGCGAUCCGGCAGGACUCGACGUACCCGGGGCAGCCGAAUGGCGGCUCAACCACGUUCCGAAGUGAUCUCAGCUUCUUGGCCAACCUACAGCUGUCUUCGUUCUCCCCCAUAAGCAAUAGCAACAGUAACAAUGAGAGGGCGCCCUUACCAUGCACGCAGCGGGAUGUGCCUUGUCCACUACCAGCCCUGCCGUGCCCCCUGCGAACCUCCCCGUGCCCCCCACAAGCCUGCGCCUAUCCCCCCCGGCCCUCCUCGUGUCCCCCUCGAGCCUUGUCCUGCCCAUCAGAGACCAUGCUGGGCCAAACUCUGGCUCUGUCUCACGCUCCGCAGAACCUGCCCUGCGCCCUGCAGAAGGUACCUGGCCCCCCCCAGAAGGUACCACCCUCCCCCCAGAAUGUCCCCCGCUCCCCGCCGAACAUUAUUUCUCACCCACCCCAAGAUUUGUCCUGGCCUCCACACCCCCCGAGCACACCGCAAGACUGUCCGCACACGCCACCAUGGUCAGGAGACGUGCCCCGCGUACCAGAUGUGCCACUAUCACCAGGAGUUGGAUCACAGCUACCAGGAGCUAUACCACAGCCACCAGCCACCAUCCCACAGCCACCAAGCAACCACACAUCGCCGCCCCCAGCAAACACGUCACGGUCCCUGAGACCUGCGCCACAGUUAGCAGGCCACCUAGCCCGCUCACCACCAGAUCACAGUGAUAUCCUGAGUCGUGACACUCCUAUGGACAUCUCCACCCCCUCCUCUCCCAGCUGCUCCCCCAUGCCGCCAUCUCCACAGCCCGAAGCUCCCUUAGUGAAAGUCCCCUGGCUUCAGGUCACACCGACCGCAGCUACAAAAGACCGAAGACCAUCAGAGCCUACCAACGCCAAGUCUGCGCAGGUGCAACCGCAAGUCCCACAGGGCGGGGCGUUCAACAGGCCCUGCCUACACAGGCUCAAGUACUUCCUGCGCCCUCCCGUCCAUCACCUCUUCUUCCAGACACUAAUCCCCGAUAAAGACACCCGGGAGAGCAAAGGUCAAAAAUUAGAACCCAUCCCUAAUCGAAGACUAAGGAUGGUGGCCAACACCAUUGAAGAAAACUUCCCCCUGGGGACCGUGCAGUUUUUGAUGGAUUUCGUGUCACCGCAGCAUUACCCACCCAGAGACAUCGUGGCGCACAUCAUCCAGAAAAUACUGCUCAGCGGCUCCGAGACCGUGGAUGUCCUCAAAGAAGCCUACAUGCUGCUCAUGAAAAUCCAACAGCUACAUCCAGCCAAUGCCAAAGCAGUGGAAUGGGACUGGAAACUGCUCACCUAUGUCAUGGAAGAAGAGGGUCAGACUCUGCCCGGGAGAGUCCUGUUUCUGCGUUACGUGGUGCAGACCCUGGAAGACGACUUCCAGCAGACGCUGAGGAGACAAAGACAUCACCUGCAACAGUCCAUCGCCAACACCGUGCUCUCCUGCGACAAACAGCCCCACAACGUCAGAGAUGUUAUCAAGUGGCUGGUCAAGGCUGUCACUGAAGAUGGACUCGCUCCGCCCUCCGAGGGGACUCAGACCUCUUCAGGAAGCGGAAUCUCAAAGGCCAGCACCAUCCACCCUUCUUCGCCCCAGACGAAUCUGACCAAGAACACCAACCAGCUGAUCGUGUGCCAGCUUCAGCGGAUGCUAUCUAUCGCCGUGGAGGUCGACAGGACGCCCACCUGCAGCUCCAACAAGAUCGCGGAGAUGAUGUUUGGCUUCGUGCUGGACAUUCCUGAGAGGAGCCAGAGGGAGAUGUUCUUCAGCACCAUGGAAAGUCACCUUCUGCGCUGCAAAGUGCUGGAAAUCAUCUUCCUGCACGGCUGCCAGACACCCACGCGCCUGCCCUUGUCCCUGGCCCAGGCCCUGUAUUUCCUGAACAACUCCACAUCUCUGCUCAAGUGCCAGCAAUCAGAGAAAAGCCAGUGGCAGAUUUGGGACGAGCUGGUUGAACACCUGCAGUUUCUCUUGUCUAGUUACCAACAUGUCUUAAGAGAGCACCUCCGGAGCUCGGUGAUCGACCGCAAGGACUUAAUCAUCAAGAGGAUCAAGCCCAAACCCCAGCAAGGGGACGACAUCACCGUGGUGGAUGUGGAGAAGCAGAUCGAGGCCUUCCGCGGCCGCCUGGUCCAAAUUCUCGGGGAGCCCCUGGUCCCCCAGCUCCAAGACAAAGUGCACUUGUUGAAGCUGCUGCUCUUCUAUGCCGCUGACUUGAACCCCGACACCGAGCCGGGCCCGAAGCGCUGGAGCCAUUCGUGAGGGCCUCCCAAGCAACCGCGCACCAAGAAUACCUCCAAACUCUUCCUCCAAGCACUUAGCGGCUCCCAAGUAUGCACAGUAGUUCCAAACCUAGCGCCACACCUAGACUGUGUAUCUGUAGGUUAGACUAAGCUGGCCAGCUCCCCCUGUAUAUGUUUUUUUUUUUGAUAAUCCUACUCUAACCCUAUUCUCAAAAAGGUGUAUUAAAUAUACAAAGGGUAUCUAUUUUUUAAUAAAUUAUUUAUCUACGCUCUUUUUUGAACUAGGUAAUACUAUAUGCACUACACGUUUGGACAUUUCCAUUCAAAAUGUGAGGAGAGGCCGUGGGCUGGGCAAGCUACGUCAACGUGGCCAUUCCUAAGGACACCUGUUCUGCAUUCCUAAGGACCCCGCUGGUCCCGCAGGGGACCCCCACCCCCCCACUCUCAGACCUUUUGUGUGGCAUCCGUGGGACUGUGCCCAGUGUAUCAAGAUCUCAUGUAACCAGCUGGGGUGGGUGGAAAGAAACUAGUGUGCUAGAAAAACAUGUCAAAAAAGCCACAAUAAAGACAAUAGGUUUUAGAACACAUUUUUUCAUGCUUAGGGUAUGAUGAUUGGUAGGCAGAGGGCUAUUUAUUUUCCCUUGUGUG